AUGGAGAACGAUCGCGGCGAAAUUGUCGACCUUUACGUCCCCCGCAAGUGCUCUGCGACGGGCCGCAUCAUCAAGUCCAAGGACCACGGUUCUUGCCAGAUCACCAUCGCCAAGGUCGACGAGAACGGCCGUGCCAUCCAGGGCGAGAACAUCAUCUACGCUCUCUCCGGCUUCGUUCGCGCCAUGGGCGAGUCUGACGACUCCCUCAACCGCCUUGCCCAGCGCGAUGGUCUCCUCAAGGCCGUCUGGAACCCCCAGCGCUAA